GAAAGAAGACUGUUUCCGGGUGUUUGCAUGCACUGCAGAUGUAUUUUUUGCCCACAUCUUACGUAGUAGAUUAAACGGCUUAUGUAACAAUAUUUCAUAGUAGUGUAUUUUGUGUCACUCUUAAUAUUUUAUCGUAGAGGAUUUUUGUAAGACGAGUUCUCUUUUCAGCUGAUUGUUUUGAGUUUAGUAUGGCAGGGGGAACUCGACUAGAAAACGCCAAUCCGCUGAUAUUUCAGCGAUCAGGAGAAAGACUCCGAACGGCCGCUGAUGAAGAUGAGGAUGUUGCUGACCCCAUCGAUGACAGGGAGAUCUUCGAUCUGAUCAGGUCAAUCAAUGACCCAGAGCACCCAUUGUCCCUCGAAGAGCUGAAUGUCGUGGAACAAAUGCGCGUUAAUGUGAAUGAUCAGGAGAGCUCUGUGUCUGUGGAGUUUACACCUACUAUCCCACACUGUAGUAUGGCCACCCUCAUUGGCUUGUCCAUCAAAGUCAAGCUUCUGCGCUCCCUACCUGAUAGAUUUAAGAUUGAUGUUCACAUCACACCCGGCACUCAUGCUUCAGAGGAUGCAGUUAACAAGCAGCUUGCAGACAAAGAGAGAGUGGCAGCAGCUCUGGAGAACUCUCAGCUGCUGGAGGUGGUCAACCAGUGUCUGUCCACUAGAAGCAUGUGAUUUUAUUUAUUUUUAUUUUGUGUGGGGGUCAGUUGUCUGGCUUUAUUUUUUCAUCAUUUAUUAUUGUAAUACUCAACAAUACAAGAUCAGUAAGACUUAUUAGUACUUAUUAAGUGAGAGUGUGUUUCUAAUCUCAAGGUUUGCUCAUUGAUCUAAUGGAGUAUUCUGGAAGCAUCCAAGUUGAGUUACAACAGGUGGCUGGAAAAGGAGGAAUAGGAAAGUUUAUAUUGAAAUAGGGUCCCCCUUUCUGUUUUGAGUUUUCAUAAAUACAGAAUGAAAAGUAUCCUAUAAUUAUGCUAAACAUUUGUGAAUAUGUAUUUUAUACAAUUCUUUUUUUUUAACGAUAGCUUUAUAUUGACACAUCCUUAUAGAAAAUUGUUAAUAGAUAAGUUAUACAAUACAACAGAAAUAAAAAAAGUUGCCACUG